UAAACCUUCCCAUAGAAAUGUUAAGGUCCACUCUAAGGGGCAGGUAAACGCAGCUGUAUUCUUCCAUUCGUCCACAGAUAAUGGUUACAUAUGUACAUAUACACAAUGCAUAUAUUCAUUUUCGGGUUUUGCCUUAUUUUGCAUUUUUCGGAUCUGUUGUUUUCGGUGCAGCCGUUAAUCGGAUCUUUGUUUCAGUUACUCGAGAACUGGCGAUAUGAGCGGCAGUCAAUUUCUUCGCGCCCUGGGAAGAACGAUGGGAUGGGGCAGGAGCCAGCUGAAGGUCGAUAGCCGACAUGUGGUGCUCAUCACGGGCUGCGAUUCGGGACUGGGCCACUCCAUGGCCGUUUACUGCCAUGAAUCCCUGCACAUGACGGUGGUUUCCUGCUGUCACAAUCUCAAAUCUGAUGGAGCCAAGCUGCUGCAGUCCCUGAAUAAAUCCAAGGAUAGCCCUGCCAGAAUGCACACUUUGGAGCUGGAUCUCUUGGAAACCGAUUCCAUUCGGCUGGUGCAUCAGCAAUUGAGGGACAUACUGGCCAAGGAUCCCAGCUAUCGGCUGACGGCCCUUAUAAACAAUGCUGGAGUAAUGUGCUUUGGCGAGUUUGAGUGGCAGUUACCCGAGCAGAUAGAGGCCCAGAUCAACUGCAACCUGCUGGGCACCAUGCGACUGACCCGCGAGCUGUUACCGCUGCUCCGCCAGCAGCAGGGCAGGAUCAUCAACGUGACCAGCCACUGUGGACUGCAGGCUCUGCCCGCUCUGGGUCCCUAUGCCGCCUCCAAGGCGGCCCUGCGCUUCUGGACGGACGCGUUGCGCGUGGAACUGCAGCAAUAUGGCAUGGAGGUGGUGAACUUUAUACCGGGAUCCUUUGUCCUGGACAGCAACAUUGCGGCCAGGCAGCAGCAGCAUGCGCAGAAGAUGCAAGAGGCCUUCAGCCAGGAGCAACAUGCUCUGUACGACUCGUAUUUCGAGGCCUUCAAUGGCUACCUGAAGGUGCUCAGUGGUUUCAAGCCACCCAAUCGCCUGAAGAACGAGUCGCUGCUGGAAAAAUUCAAGGAUGCUUUGACCAGCUCACAACCUCUGGCCUUGUACAUCGAGGAACCCCGAAGAUAUCGCCUCUACCGCUGGCUCUUCUCGAUCUGUCCCACUCCGCUGGUGGAUUGGCUCACCCUGCGCUUCUGCGCCAUGCCCACCUACGAGUCUACUCAUAGACAAAAGAAGAUUUAGGUUAAUAUCCGUAGUCUAUACACUUUAAAUAAUAUACAUAUUGUAGCACAUUGUGGAAUACUUGGCUAAUAAAUCGAGCUGAAAUCCAAAA